CUCGUAUUCUCUCAAACCAAAUUAGCCACAACCAGCUUUAACAAGUCUCUCAACAGUCAUUCACAACAUGGUCUUUGUACGAAUCGCCGCCCGAACAAUUCCUCGAGCUUCCGCUCCUACUAGGCGAUACGCCUCGACUAUUCCUCCCGCUGGGCCUCCUCCUUCUGGUGGCAGCAACAGCAACGGAUUACUCCUCGGGGCGGGUGCUGUCGCGGCUACCGCCGGGUACUUCUACUAUGCCAACAACCAGAAGCAGAUUGACAGCCAGGUUCGAAGGGCUGACAACAAGGCACAUGAGUUGAAGGGCAGGGCAAAGGCUGAUCUGGAAGACGCUCAACAGAGGGCUGCUAAGGCUCUCAAGUGAUCAUGACACCAUGCCCCUUGGUGUUGAUGAAGAAGAACCCUUGUACUACCUGACGGGUCUUGAUAAUGGCAAUGGAAAACACAUGCACCGAAAGAUAUCAGUGGU